AUGAGGUCGCGCCAGGCUCUCCGAUUGGCAGCCGCCCGCCGGCCGCUUCUGUCGCCGUCGCGCCCGGCCUUCACCCGCCUUACCUCGGCUUCCUCAUCACACUCUUCAUCGUCAGCCUCAGCCUCAUCCUCAACGUCGCCUUUCUCAGCAACCCGCUUCUCCUCAUCUUCAUCGUCGUCACCAUCGCCAGCAGCAUCCGCCUCGUCAAACCCGGCCCUCGCAUUCCCCUGCCUCGACGCCAUCGAAUCCCGCUCCGCCCGUCUCAGCGCCACCACCUUGUCCAACUCAUCCUCCUCCUCAUCACCCCCUUCAUCCUCCGCAGGCCCCGAGCCCUCCUACACCUCCGGCGCAACCCAGACCUACCACUGCCAGUCCCCCCUCCUCCUUGACUGGGGCGGCGUCCUGCCCUCCUUCACCAUCGCCUACGAGACCUGGGGCCGCCUCAACGCCGACCGCUCCAACGCCAUCCUGCUGCACACGGGCCUGUCCGCCUCGUCGCACGCGCGCUCCAACGCGGCCAACCCGGCGCCCGGCUGGUGGGAGCGGUUCAUCGGCCCCGGCGCGCCCCUGGACACGGACCGCAUCGAUCCCGCCAACGGCGAGACGUACGCCACCCGGUUCCCCAUCCUGACGCUGCACGACAUGGUCCGCGCCCAGUUCCGGCUCCUCGACCACCUCGGCAUCCGCCGCCUCUACGCCAGCGUCGGCUCCAGCAUGGGCGGCAUGCAGUCCCUCGCCGCGGCGGCCAUGUUCCCCGAUCGCGUGGCCCGCGUCGCCUCCGUCAGCGGCUGCGCCCGCAGUCACCCCUACAGCAUCGCCAUGCGCCACACCCAGCGCCAGGUCCUCAUGAUGGAUCCCAACUGGAACCGCGGCUUCUACUACGGCCGCGUGCCCCCCCACGCGGGCAUGAAGCUCGCCCGCGAGAUCGCCACCGUCACGUAUCGCUCCGGGCCGGAGUGGGAGCAGCGCUUCGGUCGACGUAGGGCCGAUCCUGCGAAGCCGCCUGCGUUGUGCCCGGAUUUCCUCAUCGAGACGUAUCUUGACCAUGCUGGCGAGAAGUGGUGCCUCACGUACGAUCCCAACAGCCUGCUGUACGUCAGCAAGGCCAUGGACCUCUUUGACCUCGGGCACGAGAACCAGAUGGCCACGCAGGCCCGGCGCGUGGCCCGCGAAAAGGCUCUCGCGGCGAACAACUACGAUGCCGAAUCAUCGCCCCAGUGUAACCUCACCCUCCCCAGCGAGCCCUACCAGGAACAGCCCGAGUCGUCCUCAUCAUCAUCAUCCCAAAGCACCAGUCUGGACAACACCGCGGACUCCCUAUCGGCACCGCCCAAUCCCGCAUCGUACCGUCCCCCAGAGGACCUCAUCAAGGGCCUCUCCCCGCUGCGCGACAUCCCGACGCUCGUCAUGGGCGUGGCUAGUGACAUCCUAUUCCCCGCGUGGCAGCAGCGCGAAAUCGCAGAGGCCCUGCGGCUGGGCGGCAACCGGAGCGUCACGCACGUCGAGCUGAGCGAGGAGACGAGCCUCUUUGGGCACGACACGUUUCUGCUCGACUUGAAGAAUGUGGGCGGGAACCUGAGGCUGUUCCUCGACUAA